AUUAGACUUUCACCUGCCCAUACUAAAAAAUGGAGGGAGUACUAAAUGUCUAUAUAUCCUACUUUUAAACCAACUAUCAAAUUGAUUAAACCUGCGCUUUAAUACUUCUACUUGCAAGUUGCAACAUUUUCGUCGAAGAGCAAAGAAAAAUUGCCAAUAAUAGGAGAGGGCCGAUUCAUCAAGUGUCGACCUUUCUCUCUCCUCAACCGAAUUCGUCGAAUUAAAAAAAAAGGAAAAAACGCGAAAGAUUUUUGUGGUAAAACCCAAAAAAUUGUUUUCUGGAGUGUCGAUUCAUUAUAUCUGUUUAUCUUUGGAGAUUAUCGACUUAAUAUUUUUAGGGUUUCAGGAGACGUUUAAUCAAUGGCCGCUCCGCCUGUGAGAGCACGCGCUGAUUACGAUUAUCUCAUCAAGCUUCUUUUGAUUGGUGAUAGUGGUGUGGGUAAGAGUUGUCUCCUCCUGCGAUUCUCCGAUGGUUCCUUUACAACGAGUUUUAUCACAACUAUUGGUAUUGAUUUUAAAAUUCGGACCAUAGAGCUUGAUGGCAAGAGGAUUAAACUUCAGAUAUGGGAUACUGCUGGUCAAGAACGGUUUAGGACUAUUACAACAGCUUAUUAUCGUGGAGCCAUGGGUAUUCUGUUGGUGUAUGAUGUUACUGACGAGUCAUCAUUUAACAACAUCAGAAAUUGGAUACGCAACAUUGAGCAACAUGCUUCUGAUAACGUGAACAAGAUUCUGGUAGGGAACAAAGCUGACAUGGAUGAGAGUAAAAGGGCUGUGCCGACAGCCAGUGGACAGGCUCUAGCUGAUGAAUAUGGGAUUAAGUUUUUUGAAACUAGUGCAAAGACAAAUCUUAACGUAGAGGAAGUUUUCUUCUCCAUAGGGAGGGACAUCAAGCAAAGACUUGCAGACUCUGAUACUAGGCAGGAGGCUCAACCAGCAAUUACAAUCAAAGCUACUGACCAAUCAGGCACUCAAGCAGCCGCAAAAUCAGCAUGCUGCGGUUCGUAAGGAACAACCAACUUUUGAUUGGUCCUGGCAUUGUGCCUGUGGAAAUAUUGUGUGCAAAAUCUGAUUGUGAUGACAAUAUGAUGGAUGCUUGUAAUAUUUGUUCCCAUCAUUCUUUUUUUGAAUUUGUUUUGGUGUGCGAAAGAUAGUUUGUUAUUUACUAGUAAUUUUUUUCUGUAGCAGACUAUUUUUCUUUAACCUCAAUAGUUUUUGUUCAAGCCACACAGAGCCCUAACUUAUUGCAAAUUGCUGCAUCAUUCAUAAAGAUUCAAUUCAAUUUGUGUUUGUUAUUCUAAA